AUGGGCCUUCCGCCCAUGGUGGUCAACUUUACAGUGGAUCCUACCCGCUGCCAGCCUACCAAAGUCAGCGUCUGCGGUUCGUUCGUUUCCCAGGAGGAAGCCAGGAAGCUGGAGCCCUGGGCCGCCCUCCAGAGCCCGUUUUGGUUGGACAGCCUGGUCGGCCAGUGCAAUGCAGUGAACUCUGGGCUCAGCUUCCUCUUGCGGAGUGAGACGGAUAACUGCCUGAAAGUGAUUACGGAAAAAACGGACUGCAAGGACACCGUGAAUGUCACCUUCCCGCCUUGCAAGUGCGAUAACCGGAAGUACGCUACGCCCUUCUACGUGGUUCCCACACCGGCGACACAAGAGCCAGGUCGCGACCCGUGGACCAACUUGUACUGCUUCAAGACGAAGGUCGCCCCCAAGGAAUCUGUUAUCGCGGGCCCAUGCAACAGCAGCUCGACCCUCCAUAAGGCAGAGAUUUGGGCCGAUAUGUCUCUUCGGCGCCAAGUCCGCGGCUUCCGGCUGACUCCUUCCGGCGGCACUCCCCGUUGGGCAUCCACAUCGUGGGGGCCUUCGGGGGCCAACCAGCUCAAAGCGACAAACAUCAACUGGAGCUCGUCUGCGGCGCAAGGCGGCGAGAUUUGCAUUGAGCUGAAGAACACCACGACGCUGUCACAGCUGUGCCUGGGCGAUCGACCAAACACUGCGUGCGUGGUUUUAAAGACCCAUGCGCCAUGCGUUGCGAGGACGACAAACAUCAACUGGAGCUCGUCUGCGGCGCAAGGCGGCGAGAUUUGCAUUGAGCUGAAGAACACCACGACGCUGUCACAGCUGUGCCUGGGCGAUCGACCAAACAAUGCGUGUGUAAUCAGUUUGUUCAACAAGAACCGGAAGUGCUGCCCGACCUACACCGCUGCGGUAUCGUAG